UCCCUGAAUCAUUCAACAAAUCAUCACAGCAAAAAUCUCACUGCCUUAAAACAAUAAACGUCGCAAUGGCAAAGGCUGACAAGAAACCAGCAGAGAAGAAGCCGGCGGAAACCACCACCGCGGCGGCAGCAGAGAAGAAGCCAAAAGCCGGGAAGAAGCUACCGAAGGACCCCGCCGUGGCCGGAGACAAGAAGAAGAAGCGGACCAAGAAGAGCGUGGAGACCUACAAGAUCUACAUCUUCAAGGUGCUGAAGCAGGUUCACCCGGACAUCGGGAUCUCGAGCAAAGCCAUGGGGAUCAUGAACAGCUUCAUCAACGACAUCUUCGAGAAGCUCGCCGGCGAGUCUUCCAAGCUUGCGAGGUACAACAAGAAGCCCACGAUCACUUCGAGGGAGAUUCAGACGGCGGUGAGGCUCGUGUUGCCUGGAGAGUUGGCGAAGCAUGCUGUCUCUGAGGGUACCAAGGCGGUGACCAAGUUCACGAGUUCUUAGAUCUCGAGAGAGAUUUGUAAUGGUUUUAACUAGUAGUCUGUUGUUUUUAAGCUUUUGGUUAUUUCAUUAGUCUUUGUACUUUGGAAAAUUAGUUAUUCUUGUAUUGGAAGAAAUAUAUGAAGUUCUAUUGCCUGAAAAA